AUAAUUAACGGACAUGAACAGGAGCUUCGUGGGUGCUCAAGGUCUGGUGAAGAUGGCUCUGGAUCAAUAUAUGGAGAUCCUCACGACGGCCUCGGACCCACGUGUCAAUGAUUGGCCGCUCAUGGACUCGCCCGUGCCGACCAUCCUCAUCGUGCUCCUCUACCUGUACCUCGUCGUCAUAUUCGGUCCGCGUAUGAUGGUCAACAGAAAGCCGUACAAACUGAGAGUAGUUCUGGUGGUGUACAAUGCGUUCCAGGUGGUCUUCUCGGUGGGGAUGCUAUACGAGCACUUAAUGUCCGGCUGGCUGUUGGACUACAGCUACAAGUGUCAACCGGUCGACUACUCCCACAACCCGUCCGCCGUAAGGAUGGCGAACCUUUGCUGGUGGUAUUUCAUCAGCAAGUUCACGGAAUUCGCCGAUACGAUAUUCUUCGUGUUGCGCAAAAAAGACAGCCAAGUGACGUUCCUGCACUUAUACCAUCACUCGCUGACCCCCCUGGAGACGUGGAUCUGCGUGAAGUUCAUUCCGGGCGGCCAUGGCACCCUCGGCAACCUUAUAAACAACGCGGUGCAUGUGGUCAUGUACGCGUACUACAUGUUGGCGGCCAUGGGCCCGGAGUAUCAGAAGUAUUUGUGGUGGAAGAAACAUCUGACUACGUUGCAACUGGUGCAAUUCUUCCUGGUGUUCGUGCACAGCACGCAGGCCCUCAUCUUUGACUGCGGCUACCCGAAGCUAGUGGCGGGCCUCCUGCUGUUGCACUCGACGAUCUUCUUCGUGCUCUUCUCCGACUUCUACCAGCGUGCUUACCAGCGUAAGAGGAAGUUCGCGAAGCAGCUCAAGGACGAAUAAAGCGCGCUCGCACGCGCGCACGAGAGAGAAGACAUCGGGAAGAGGGCAAUUUCAUUCACCCCGACCACGCUGGAUCGGAGACGCGUAAUAUAUACGUACAUGUCGCGCAUGCACCCCACUUUUUAUGCCGGCGAUACAACCGUCGAAAGACGGCCCUGCACUCGCUUCGAUUGGCAUCGGCGAUGAUCGAGAUAUCGCGAUCGUCGCGAUACUCGCGUUGCGACAUUCGACAGCGAGAGCGCGACGUUUGUUCGGCGCAAAGUGCGAAAGAGGAAGCGGUUUCUGGAAAGAGGGGAACGUUUUAUCUUCGUAGCGGGCGCGUUCUACGGAGGAAUGCCUUGGUCCUGCGGCGCGUGUGACGGGAUUAUUGAAUUCGAUAGUGAGAAAAGUAAAAGUACAGCACACCCGGACAAGGACCAUAACCGUUCGCCUUUCGUUUGCCGGCACAAUUUAUUGGGUCAGUUAAAGACUUCGGUUCGGAUACGUGACGUCAUGUCGUGCAGCCAACGGCGCUGAUGAUUGUCCCGCUUGUGCACAGAAAGUAUCCCUUUCCGAUUCUCAAACUUAUGAAAUAUUGCACGUAACGUUCGUGUGAGGGAAACGGACUGAACGGGUAGGCGGGUGUGACGUGCGCGCGUUGAAAAACGUGGACGUCGACGACGCAACAGAGUGAAGCUUAGCCCGACAGUCGCGACAGUCGGGUUCUCUUGCUAACCUGAUAUGAGGGGAAUCCGUCUCCUCGUGUUCAAAGAUCGGGAAUUGCGAGAAACGAAAUUUCCACGACGACGAUGAGGGGAAACUGAUGAACGAAACGGCAGAGUCAGUCGGUCAAUAGGUUAAUCCCCGUGUCGUAUCUCUUUGUUUGUUUCGCAUCCGCUUGAUCGGAGAAACGUGCGCUGCUACACAGCGCGAAAGCGAUGAUGCAAGGAGAGAAAAAAGCGAGGAGAUACACGCGGGAAAUUAUAUCUCACGAGCCGCUGAUGAUAGAUGGUGAUAAUUUCGAGUGCUCUUGCAGACGUAAAUCGCACGGGCUCUCGUUACACGAAUAUGUUGGUACUUGCGGCCAUGAGGAUCGAGGUCAGACGUUUCACUGGCAGGCGCCUAAGCGCCGGAGAUUGCUUCCGUAAGGAAGAAUCUCCGGCGAUCGUUAUUCAAUAGCGUUCUCGCAUCGGCCGUCUGGGUGGGUUAUCCCAAGUCAGGCGACAGUUUUCCACCGGAGAACCUCUUCCGGUACACUCGGCCCCUCCCCUGUCCCCGUCGGUCCCUGUCGCCCGCCGCCCGAUUUUCUCGAACCGUCACGCCCUCUGUAUUAUCGUCUCAUUUCCGAUCUUCCGCUCUGAUCUGGAUCGGUUCUUUGUCCAUUCGAACGGGUCGUUCGGUCGCGUUUGAUAAUUGCGACCGAUUAAGCGAGAUAAAACACGAGACACUGAGAAACGAGUUUUCCGUGUCGCGUAGUUUCUAAUGGUCGAUAAGCGCGAGGAUAGAUGAGAACAGGAACAAGAAGAAACGCGAGGACGCGCUUCGAAAGUCACGUCGGCCAGUAGAAAAGAAACGUACUUAUAUUAUGGCUCUUCGUUCUCCUCCUCUUAUUUUUUUCUUCUUCUUUUUUCAAGACUCCGCACGGAGAAGACAGCUUGUCUGUCGCGUUCAUUCGAAUGAGCUGUUUUCUCCGUGUGCACUUUUGUAAACUCGAUCACGGCUCACUUAUCGAGAAUGAUCGCGUGUGAGGUGCUCGGAAUUGUAAUCUCAUAAGAGCCACUUCGCCUCGUCAAUCUUUUGUAAAGUAUAAAUUCGUUGUAAAUAUGAAAGGUAACUGAGAUCAGGCGCUCUCUCUCUCUCUCUCUCUCUCUCUCUCUCUCUCUCUCUCCCACCCCCUCCCAUUCUCCCUUCCUCCCUCUCUUUGUCUUUUCUCGAAGUUUUUGCCGGUACUAGUUGGCAAAGUGUGUUUGAGAUGAUGAACAAAAGUACGAUUUUCCUGCUCACAAGUAGGGAUGAGCAAUUUUCAUCGAUUAAUCGAAAGAACCGAUAGUUUUUUCUCAAUUAAUUAAUGCUUUCAGAUGAUUUUAUUUUUGUUGAAUUAAUCGAUGUUUGAUGAUUUUUUUCAACAUCAGUAACCGAUUUUUAUUUUUUUUUUUAAAUAGAAGAUUUUUGUAAUAUCGUCUUUCAGAUACGGUAAAUGAAAUUUAUGAACGUUAAGUCCAGAUCUACAAUAGAUAUAGUAAGCUUUAAGUCUUAAGAAAUUACCACAGUUAAUUAUUCCUUGUAAAAGUAGAUUGGGAAUGGUUAAUUUUUUAAGUUUACUACAUUUAUGGACAAUAUGGACAUUCAUGGACAAUAGGGUUGUUCGGUUUUUAUUGAUAAGUUUCGAAACGUUGCCAAAUGGCCCAAUAAGAGCACUUAUCUUCCUAAAAUUAGUUCUCUUGGUUCACAUAAAAUUAGUUCACAUGGAAAAUACAUCAAAUGAGAUGCCGAGUUAAAGACCUCGCACACUGACGCGAUUAGCAACAAACAAUAAUCUAAUAAGAGUUCUGUUUUAAAGAAGAAAUGAAAGCUCUUUUUUCUUAAAAUAGAACUGUUAUUAGAUAUCGUUCAUAACAUAGUCGCGUCCAGUGUGCAAGAUCCUUUAGGAGGAUUUCUAGCAAUACUGAGAAUACCAUGGGUAUCAUUUUAUCCUUGUUUAACAUUCAGUGAAAAAUAAGGAUUGAACAAUGCCGGCUACAUCUGUUGCGAAUUUAAGAACGCAUCCAACAUGUAAGCAAGGGGAGCAUCCGAAUGAUGUUUCCGAACGCACCCCUAGCAGUGUUCAAUCUGGUGCUAACCAAUUUAAAUGUUUACUUUGUAAAUUUAAUCGAUUAAUCGAUAAAUCGAUUUUUUUUCUAGAAAAUAAUCGGUCAUUACAAUAUUUUUUUUAUUAAUCGAUAUUUUAAACAUCGAUGUAUUUUCGAACAUCGCCCAUCCCUACUCACGAGUGUUCACUCGAGUAUCCACCCCCGAAAGAGAUAACGAUCUGAUAACGGUGAAUGUCUCAUAAAAAUCACGUCCGAGGUAGUAUCGCGGGGCUGUCGACUUUCCUGCGAGAAAUCGCGCCAACAGAAAGUCUCGCCGUCGUUUUCUCGCCGGCCCCGGCGAGACUCGUGGAUACACCGCAGUGCGGUACGAAUGACAAGAAACUCGCGUUCAUGUCAGAUGCGAGGGAAAAGUGGCGGAUAUAUGGAGAGAACGAUUCGCGCGCAGCUGUGUGAACGAUGCGUUUGAAUCCCGACGAGGCAAGCCUGCGUCCCGGACAGCGGAAGUGUCUGAGAGGCGCCUUGGAGGUGCCUGAGAGACACCUUGUUUCUUUCUUCAGUCUUUGAAACGCACCUCAAAGACGUGUCCUAGACACUUCGCGCCGCCUGUUUUUGUACCAUGUUGAGCGUAAUUGUGUGAACUUACAGCGUUUACAGCGCGUCGAGGUCGCUCAGACUGUCGCACCGCGACGUGUCGUGCUUCAUCGUUUUCGCGACUGCGUCCCGAUCCGCCUCAUCUGUCUCUUCUCUCCGCGCGAUUAGGGAGGUAGAUACAUGAUUUAAUUUAAUACGGAGAAACGAUCAAUAUCCCAUCGCCACUAUGUCGCUUGUUGACGUCUUACCGCGCUCGUCCCUGCACGUUAUUUUCUUCCCACGGGAUUACGGGGUGCAGUAGGACGACGCGAAUACCGGACAUAUGCAAAACAGGAAACCGGCGCGGACGGCGCGAUGCCCGACUCGACGGCGACUCGGUGCCGUCGGAGGAGAGCCGUCGGAGAGCCGCGGCUCCGCGGCGCUCUCUACUUUAUUGAUUCCCUCGAUGAAGCUGCGCAGCUACGAAGAGCGCGAGAGCGCGCAUCCCAUGCGUACAUGGAGAGUCGCGCGACCGACCAACUGAGUCGGUGUAUUUGAUACAAUCACCAGAACAAUACAACGAAGAACGAUAAGUUAUUGCUCUCGGACGCGAGAGAGCCAGUCUCUCGCUAGAGCGAGACGUUAUUUUUUACCUCCAACCUUAGGAUUAGAGCGCGACCAGAGCGGCGUAUCGACCAGAUCGUGCGUGCGCCCUUUUGUACAUACUGUGUAUCUCUUCGUUUGUAAUGAUAAAUAAAACCUUCACUAUGGAUCUUACGUUCUUGGGGUCUCUGCUGAGAUCAAACUGCGAAAUUAAUUGUCCGACCUGACGCGUGGGAGGAUCGUUCACGAGAGGACGAUUCAGACACACAGACACGUCGGCUUCGCGCCAGAUCCGUUUCGCGGAAGAUUGACGUUUACUUUGUAAUGUAUAGCAAAUUGUACAUUAAAUGUUUGAAAGCCAA